ACUCAUACAAUUUUUUUACCCCAUUCUGUGGAAAAGACAAUAUGGCAUGAAAUAAAUUUGGCGAAUUUGUUUAUUGAAGUGAAACUUUAAAAAAAUAUGUACCAUUGAAUACUGUGAAAUAAACAGAGACGAUAAAAAGAAAACAAAAACGUUGGAGACGAGAAAAGAAGAAAAAUCUUGAGUAUAUCAAAGAACAUGGAUAAUAAUAUUGUGUGCAAUGGUCGAUCGAAUCCAAUGAUGUCGAAUUCAGCGCCGAAUAGAGAUGCGCGGAAUAACGGUACCGCUAACCAUUACAAAACAACCAUAGACCUGGCUAUGAUACCGAAUUUGAAUUGGUUAAUCCACAUGGCCUUUGUGCGACAGGACUAUAAAUACUGUAACGAAGUCAUUGAAUAUCAAUUCAAUGAAACAUACGACCAUGAAUAUUUGUAUUACAUUAAGGGUUUGAUUGCACGCACCGAAGGUAACUUACAGGAAUCAUUGCAGUACUUACAAAAGGCCAUUGAAUUUAAUCCAAAUAAUCUAGACAAUUCGAAAGAGAUUGCAAAAACAUUAUAUGCCAUGGAACGCUACAAACAGGCUUUGGAAAUCUUUGUAAAAAUUGAUAAAACUUCACCGAACGGUGACCACGAAGUUUGCUAUUACAUUGGCGAUCUAUUAUAUCGAAAGUGCAAUCGUAUGCAAGUGGCUGUGUCCGACGAAGUAAAAGAGUACUUUCAUCGUGCCGUUCGAGAUGGCAAGCAAUUAGAAAGCUAUGCUCUACUUGCAGAAAUCUAUAAAGCUGAAAAUAAUGUGCCCAAAGCAAUUGAAAUGCUUGAAAAUGUCAGACAAAUAACAACCGAAAACAUUGAUAUUCUAACGGAAAUUGGGAUUUUAUAUUUACGAAUCAAUGAUACAAAAGGCGCAUUCGACAAAUUAUUCGAAGUGACCAAAUUACAUGAGAACUGCCCGAAGGCACUUUUGGCACUUGGAUCUAUUUUGCAAUCAAAAAACGAUGUGGAUGGUGCGCUCAACAAGUAUAAACUUAUCGAUACGGAUAACCAAAAAGGUGCCGAAAUAUGGAACAAUGUUGGACUAUGCUUCUAUAAAAAGAAGAAAUUUAUAGCGGCGAUAUCCUGCUUAAAAAAGGCCGUAUGGCUUGAACCAACCAAUUUCAAUUGUCUAUUCAAUUUGGGACUCAUCUAUUUAACAGCCCAACAAUAUGCGAGCGCAUUCCAUACACUAGCUGCUGCUGCAUGCAUUCGAUUAGAUAACGCUGAAUGCUAUAUGUUGCUGGGAGUUUGCUUGAGAAAUUUGAAUGACCAUGGUAAUGCAUAUUUGGCCUUUGAGCGUUCGGUUAUCCUGCCAGAUGCUAUCAAAAAUCCAUUAAUUUAUUUGAAUUGUGCCCUGUAUAAUAUGCAAAUGAAACGAUAUGAGGCGGCAGUUCCAAACUUGAGCAAUUUCUUCAGCAUUGCUGAACAUAUAAACGUUCGACAUGAACAUAAAGCAUUGGCGGAAAAAAUGAAAGAAUUUCUACCGCAUCCAAGUGUUUCAAAUAGCGAAGUUGAAGUGGAAUAUUCAACCGAAAAAGGAGGCCCGGUUGAAGCAAACGAUAUUGAAGGUGGCGGUGAAGCAAUGGCAGCUGCACUUGAUGAACAUGAAAAUUUAGUGUAACACCAUUUUACUAUCAAAUAGAUGAAUUUAUCUCGUAAUUUAUAGACCAAACACACGAACAACUCAAAUGAGACACAAUUUUUCUCUUGCAAAUUGUUAACUAAAUGGUUUUUCAAUUUUUAUUUUAUAAUUAAGGGGGAUGGUUUGGGAUCGAGGAGUGGGUUUUGUAUUUAUAAAGACAAAACAAAAUAUUUAUUUUCUUAGAAAAGAACGUUUAUGCAUAUUUAAGACAAAUUUUUUCUUUAUCCUUUCUUUUAUCAUCAUGUUUUCAACUAAAUACAACAAUUUUUUUUUCGAAAUUUGAUCCGUUAUUCAAUACCUAUUCUGAUAUUUACUCCUUUCUUUUAAGUGCUAGUUUGCAUU